GGAGGGGCGGGCGGGGGCGGCGCGCGGGGCGGGCGCGCGCGGCGCUGGUGGCGCUGCCUGCACGCGCCGUCCCUGCACGGAGCGCGGCGGCGGCAGCAGCAGCGGGAGCCACCGGCGCGCACGUCGAUGCCUGCUCUGCUCCCGCCGCUGGCCGCCCCCUGAAGACGCCCCUCUCUAUUUCCCCCCUCUCCAGCGACCUCAGGCUCUUUUCCUCCCCCCUUCCCCUUCCCCCCCUUCUGUUUCCCUUCCCUCCCCCCCGCCUCUUUAUCCUCCUGUUUUGCGACCCUCCGCACCCUCCCGGCUGCCGUGUGGAUGCGGCCCGGGGUGCCUGGCUGCGCGGGUGGCGAGAGCAGAUGCUGAGGGGCCGGAGGAGGAUGGAGUGCACCCUCGAUGCGCAGAGUUUGAUCAGUAUUUCCCUGCGGAAGAUCCACAGCUCCCGCACGCAGCGAGGCGGUAUCAAGCUCCACAAGAACCUGCUCGUCUCCUAUGUGCUCCGCAACGCCCGGCAGCUCUACCUGAGCGAGCGCUACGCCGAGCUCUACCGCCGCCAGCAGCAUUACCCCGACGGCGCCCCGCUCCUCGCCAUGCCCGCCUGCCCGCCGCCCACCGCCGCCCCGCCGGAGCUGGCGGCGCUCCCGCUGCCCGCCGACACGCAGGACCGCGAGGCGCGGAGCUGCGCGGCGGCGCGGGGCGGUGCGGAGCUGCUGGAGGUGCCGGUGUGCGCCGCGCCCCCGGAGCUGCAGCGAGCGCCCUGCAGAGACUCGUCCCCGGGCUUCUACCGGGCCGCCGGCAGCGCCGGUCCCGGCGGCGGCAGCGCGCCCCCGGGGCUGCUCUACGCCGCCGGCUGUGACUUCGGGAGCGGCGGGGCGCCGCACUGUAGCAGCCGCACCACGGUGCUGGAUUUGGACACUCACGUCGUGACCACGGUGGAGAACGGGUACUUGCACCAGGACUGCUGCUCGCAGUGCCCCUGCUGCUGCCAGCCGGCGCCGGGGCUCGCCUCCCCGCCGCCCACGCCGGGCACCAAGCGCAAGUAUUACCCGGGGCAGGAGGAGGAAGAGGAGGGGGUGGAGGAAGGGGAGCCGGGGGGAGGCGGGGUGGCGGGCGGCCCCCCCUUCGCCCCGUGCACCAAACGCGCCCGUUUCGAGGAGUACAGCGCUGAGCACCCCCAGGACUCUUCCAACAUCUCCAACUUGAUCUCCAUCUUCGGCUCCGGUUUCACGGGGCUGGUGAGCCGGCAGCAGGCGGACUCAGAGCAGCCCCUCAACGGGCAGCUGUGCAGCAAGCAGGCGCUGGCGAGCCUGGGAGCCUGGACUCGGGCCAUCGUCGCGUUUUAGAGAGGAGCGGGGAGCAAGGCGCGGGCGGGGGGCGUUUGCGAAAACGGGGGUGCGAUCCGAGGGACGGCGGCUCCGGAGGGGGGGACCCUGAAACAAAGGCGGGGAGGGGGGUUGGGGCGAGGGGAGGGGGGUGGAGGGUGCCGAGGGGUGCGCAGGGGAGGCGGGAGGGCAGAGCCACACUAGUGUUUUAUAAAUUGUACAAUAAAGAAAAAAAAAUCUAAGAUCUUGGGACUUUAUUUUUGCAGAGAUGAGAGAAAAAACAACAAAAAAAUAAGCAAACGAAAACAAAACAACAACAAAACCCGAAGCACCUAUUUAAAUAAUCCUCUUUGUGUCGGCCCGGGUUCUCUGCGCGGCGGGUUUCCCGGGGCCGGUGCUGGCGGCGGGGAGCGCCACGUGAGAGCCCGGCCCCGGGACCCCGCGGCGGGAGCCCCCCGGCUGCCCCGCUGCCCCGGCGGGGUCUCUCCGCCCCGGCUCGGCGGGGCUCGGGGGGCGGGGAGAGGGGGAAGCAGCCGCUGCCGGUUCGGUUUUGUGCGUUUCUUUAUAUAUUUAAAAGAAAAAAAAGGGGGGGGGGCAGAAAUGGAAACAUUUCAACUUUCCUCCCAGAAGAAACGUGUGCGAUGUGACUUCUCCUUCCCACCGCUUGUGCCGGGGUAACGCUGGAGGGAUACGAGAGCUGAAUUUGGGGGGGUGGGGGUGGGGUGAAGCAGGGGCCGGGGAUCCCUCCGGGCUGCUCCCUGCCACGCCGGGGAGGGGGCGAGCCGCCCCCGGCAGCCCGGAGCCUCCGCCUCGGUGUGUAUUUGUGAUGCCGCAGGUAACCGUGUAACACUACUCACGUCUCCAGUGUGCUGUGUCGGGUCUUUUAGUCUUCUUUUUUUUUUUUUUUUUUUUUUUUAAAUUUUUCCCCUCCCGUUAAGUUCAACUGUUCUGAUUUCAGCCUUCCAAAAUCAUAAAACCAGCAUUGUUUGGUCUUGUGAACGGAUCUGUCUCCUAUAGAGUCUCUUGAUUUUUAAUUUUUUUUUUUAAAGAAAAACCUUUUGUUGUAAAAAGGUGGGUUUUCUGGUCGUUGUCCCCUCCUUGUUUUUUUAUUUGCAGCCUGCCCACUCCCAACUUCAUGGUAUCAGCACUAUGUGUAACUGAGGAUGCUUUGCCAAAUGGUCUGUUGGGGUCUUAUUUUUUUUUCCUCCUUUUUCUUUGUUUGUAAGCCUGUAUUUUUGUGCACAUGGAAUUGUAUAUCGCCGGGUAAAACUGUUCAGAUUUGUUUAAAUUUAUAAUCUUAAUAAAAAGACGAUUAUAAAGUUGCUGUGCUCUCGCGUUCCCUCACCCCGCAGCCAGCGGAAGCCCCUCUCCUGAGCCGCCGCUUCCCCUCUGCACCGGGGAGCCUU